CACGUAACUUAAAGAUAAGUGUGUAUUCAACUCAUAUGUUAUAAAUAAAUAGUAUGUAUGUAGCAUUGUAGAUACAUAUAUAGAUAGAAAGCCGUAAUACUGAUGUGCAGUAAUACACUCUACUUAUCCCUUUCCACACAAUAGUACAUGUUACUUACUGAACUAUGCUGUACGUAAACGGAGGUGAUCUCUUCGACUGUGUGCAAAGCGUCGAACGGCUUUUGCAGUUCGAAGCCCAGUCAAUUCAACGUCCUCAAUCGCACUCGAAACCCAUCAUCACACUCAUAAUAGACAACCAAUGCUUGGAGUCAAUAAGCCUUAUACCGGCAGCAUACAACCUACAGCUCAGAUGUGUGCUAUUGCCUCGGUCGCGCAGACACCUGUUGCCGUAUGUGCAGCGGCACACGGGUACUACACACUACAUUGAAUAUCGUAACACGGAUCCCGAGUCUUUCACGGAACCAUGCCUGGACUUCAUGGAAGGGCCAUAUAUGCACAGUGAUCCUAUUGAUAAGAAUAAAGACCAAGAUGAGCUCACUGAGGAGUGUAAAGAGAAGCUGGAUGCUGCGAUACGGGCGCAAUUAGGCAGUGCUGGGGGUGGCUUCGUAUGCAUGCUGACGUCGAGUAUUAGUAAGCGUAUCGGUUCGUUAUAUAUUGUUGUGCUUACUCUUGUAUAUGGUGUGUGA